AUGACGGGGGAGCUGCCGAGCACAGGUCGUGGCAGGUCCAAACAGCUCAAGCCUCAGCAGGUGAAGAAGUCUGAACUUGUCUCAAGGGAAGGUGCUGUUUUGAACUGUAAUGCUCUGUUUUGUUCUGGCAGGCGCAGUAAGUACAGUAAGGCUAAGCAAGAGGCAGAUGAGGAGAAACAUUUGAACCAAGGUGUUAGAACAUAUGUGGAUCCUUUUACAUAUGAGGAUCCAAACCAAGCUGUGAGGGAAUUUGCCAAAGAAAUUGAUGCCUCUUGCAUAAAGAUUGAAAAAGUUAUUGGUGUGGGGGAAUUUGGUGAAGUAUGCAGUGGACGUCUCAAAGUACCAGGAAAAAGAGAGAUCUGUGUUGCUAUCAAGACUCUAAAAGCUGGUUACACUGAUAAACAAAGGAGAGAUUUCCUGAGUGAGGCCAGCAUCAUGGGACAAUUUGACCACCCCAAUAUCAUCCACUUGGAAGGUGUAGUUACUAAAUGUAAACCGGUAAUGAUCAUAACUGAGUACAUGGAGAAUGGCUCCUUGGAUGCUUUCCUCAGGAAGAAUGAUGGCAGGUUUACAGUCAUCCAGUUGGUGGGGAUGCUUCGUGGCAUUGGCUCAGGAAUGAAGUAUCUGUCAGACAUGAGCUAUGUGCAUCGGGAUCUCGCUGCUCGGAACAUACUGGUCAACAGCAACUUGGUCUGCAAGGUGUCUGACUUCGGCAUGUCCCGGGUCUUGGAAGAUGACCCUGAAGCAGCUUAUACUACACGGGGUGGCAAGAUUCCCAUCAGGUGGACUGCACCAGAGGCAAUUGCCUACCGUAAAUUUACAUCAGCCAGUGAUGUGUGGAGCUACGGCAUCGUCAUGUGGGAAGUGAUGUCUUACGGAGAAAGACCUUACUGGGAUAUGUCCAAUCAAGAUGUUAUUAAAGCCAUUGAAGAAGGGUAUCGGCUGCCACCCCCGAUGGACUGCCCCAUUGCUCUCCAUCAGCUGAUGUUAGACUGCUGGCAAAAGGAACGCAGUGACAGGCCUAAAUUUGGACAGAUCGUUAACAUGCUGGACAAACUCAUCCGCAACCCCAACAGCCUGAAGAGGACAGGCAGCGAGAACUCCAGACCUAGCACAGCCCUGCUGGAUCCCAGCUCCCCUGAGUUCUCGGCGGUUGUUUCUGUCGGUGACUGGCUCCAAGCCAUUAAAAUGGAGCGAUACAAGGAUAACUUCACAGCUGCUGGCUAUACCACCCUAGAAGCUGUGGUGCAUAUGAACCAGGAUGACCUGGCAAGGAUCGGGAUCACUGCCAUCACUCACCAGAACAAGAUCUUGAGCAGCGUUCAAGCGAUGCGCACCCAAAUGCAACAGAUGCAUGGCAGGAUGGUUCCUGUCUGAGCCAGUACUGACUAAACUCAGAACUCUUGAAAUUAGUUUACCUCAUCCAUGCACUUUAAUUGAAGAACUGCACUUUUUUUACUUCGUCUCCUCGUCCGUUGAAAUAAAGAUCGGCAGCAUUGCUUGAUGUACAGAUUGCUGAGCGUGUGCGCUGGGAGGGAGGCCUCCAGAAAUGACAAGCCGUCGUUUUAAACCAUACCUGGAACAAAUUGUUUCUUGGAACAUGCUUCUCUGUUGAUCGACGAUAUGUAAAAUACAUGUAUCUAUAUAAAUAUAAAGUCGCAUUCAAGUUUUGAUGCUAUGUUUGCUGCCAGAUACUGUUUAAAAAAAAAACCCAACAAAAUUACUUUCCUUCUCCCUGUGACCUGUAGGAUUACAACCAUAGUGUUUUAUUUGUGGUGCAACCACCGUUGUGCAUUUUUCACUGGAAUGAAGAAUCUGCCCUAGGAUAUUUUUUGCAGACUUGAUGCAUCACUAAUACCUUGCAGAAGCCUCAGUGAGAAUAUCAUUUGGCUAACCUGUGCCUGUCGGUUAACGAUCUAUCCAUUUAUGGGCUUGAGACGUGAAAUGACCCACCUCAUGGAUUACUGGGCAGAACUGGACUUCUGGGGAGAUUCCUGGCUGCUGUUGUGCCAUGCUGAAGCCUACCAGGCAUUUUCUGGAGAUCUUGCCAUUAGUCAGCUGUGACAAUCGUGGCUGUGGAGUUUUCAGACUUCUUUUCUCUUUCAAGAAGCGAUUCCCUUUGCCAC